GCGAGUGAUUGGAGAGCCAGUCAUUGGACACCACAACUGAUCCACACGUCGUCCACCACUUGUGUCUACCUCUAAGUCAUCAGUGUUUGUCAUUUGCAUGUGAUUUGGGUUUCAAAGCACUUGUCAUACGAUAGACUCGAAGACUGUACUCAUCGACAGAAGUGUCAGACAAUCAUUCAGUGAUCCACUCAAUGGAUGACGACUUGGAUGACUACGAGUUGUUUUGGUCGACAAUCGUAUCGCACUUCCAGCUGUUGUCGAAGUCUGUGUUGAAUUGGAGUGAAAUUAGUGUUAAUUUGAUGACAAUCCGCGAGUGGAUCCACCACUUGGUCUCCAUAGCCAUGAGACCGCAGACAUUGGCCGCCCUCUCACUCAUACUGCUAUUGGCACUCAUUUGCCACACAUUCGAGUAUUGGAUCAAAUCGGUGAUCAAAGCGACCGUCAAUGUGACCAAACGGGUCAACAUUGGACUCGCUCUCGUGUCCACCGCUUUCACCACUUUAUUGCCAGACGUUGACUGCAUUACUCGUAUCGCAGACAAUGUGGUCGAAGAAUACAAAGACAAUUGUGUCGGUGUUUACGCCCUCCAGGGUAGGCGUCCUAAGAUGGAGGACAAGUUCACGUAUGUCAACGACACCACCCAUACCGGCAUCGAGUACUGGGCCGUCUUCGAUGGACACGGAGGCGACAACGCCGCUAUCUUUGUUGAGUCCAAGCUAUACAAUGCGAUCCACAAGAGAGUGGAAGCGCUUAUAACUAAAGAUAGUGUUCAUAAUCAUUGUGAGAAGAGUCCCAAAGACUUCUGUUCCAGUGAUCACUCGGACAGUGGUCUCCACAAUGGUCUCCACAAUGACAACAAAUGCACAGCUAAUGCAAAGUCAAAUACAAACGAUUCUUCGUUCGAGUCCUUGUCUGUGGCCUCACUCUCCAAGAUUGUGACCGAAGAAGUGCUUGAAAUUGACAGACAAUUAAUAAUAGAAAGUAAAGAGAGAGGGGACGUGUCGGGCAGUACUGCACUCAUUGCACUCCGAAUUGUAGCCCAAAAUAAGCUGAUUGUGGCCAAUGUGGGCGACUCGAGAGGUGUCAUCUGCGACUCGAAGGGCUCAGCGAUUCCGCUCUCUUUUGAUCAUAAGCCACAACAGAUAAAAGAGCACAAACGGAUCAAAGAGGCCGGAGGUUUCAUUAAGUUCAACGGCGUCUGGAGAGUGGCCGGCAUUUUGGCCACUUCUCGAGCGAUGGGUGACUAUCCCCUGAAGGACACGAAUCUGGUGAUCGCCGAACCGGACAUUCUCACGUUCCACUUGAAUGACAUUCAGCCGAAGUUCAUGAUUCUGGCGAGUGAUGGACUGUGGGAUGCCUUCAGUAACGAGGAUGCGGUCGCUUUCGCCAAAGAGUGUCUCAUUCGAGUCAAACAAAGCAAUACAACCACUCAUACGGCCCACGAAGUGGCCAAAUGUCUGGUCCUCGAGUCAUACAAACGCGGGUCAGUCGACAACAUAACCGUCAUUUUGGUUAUAUUUGACACCAAUUUCGACGACAUAUCCAUUUCCUAAACAAUUUUAAAAGCCGUCCAAAUAUGAGUCAAUUAAUUAAAGUCAAUAUUUGCCGCAAA